AUGGGGGUGACGGUCAAGAAUUAUCUAAAUUCUCGGUGUUCAGUCUGUACAACUCUGAUUGUGCCACCGGGAUUCUGCAGUACAGCCGCCCUUCGACAGGCCUCCGAUAGGCACUGCGCAACAUGUACCCUUCUUUACACUGCACUGUCGGAGAAACUCGACCUCAAUGACCCAACGAUAGAGCGCGUGGAUUCAAUUGGUGGCUACGGUUUCUUUAACCUUGCAGUAGGCCCAGCUAAACCCAGAUUCACGACGGGAUCUCUAUGGGAUCAUGUGUCUGUAACACUGGCCUUAGACGGAGAAGGAUAUUGUCCUCCAUCAUUAGAGUGGCUUCCUAUUCUAAAGAAAUCGCCGAUGUUGCGGACGAAGGAUAGGGACAUCCAAUUAAUCCAAGACCGCAUCGAGGAUUGUCGAAACAAUCACCCAAACUGUCCCAAAUCUAACCCCUCUUGCCUUGGAAACUUACCAACCCGGGUUAUCGAUGUUGGGCUUGAUGGAAAGAAACCUUUCUUGCACCUCUCCCAAAAGGGGGAGAAGGCCCGCUACUUAGCUCUAAGUCACCGAUGGGGCGACCCGAAAUCCUCGCACAAGAGGCUUCUGACGUUGAAGGAGAAUGUAUCUACUCACUGUAAGGGCAUACCCCUUGAAGAAUUUCCAAAAACCUUCCGCGAAGCCAUCGAAGUAGCUCGAGGUUUGGGAAUCCAGUACAUCUGGAUAGACUCCAUCUGCAUAAUCCAAAACGAUGAAAAGGACUGGGAGACUGAAGCGAGCCGUAUGGCCGACGUAUAUUCCAACGCAUUCGCUACCAUCUUCGCGGACCGGGCGACACACAGCGACGAAGGCCUCUUCCAGAAUGAAAAAGACAGGAAAACCAUACGAUCACUUCGAUUUCUCGACUUCAAAACCGAAGAAUCCGAAAUCCCAGCCAGGGUAAUAGUCCAGACGCAAAUAGACCCCAACACCGCAAACUUCGCAACCGAAGUCCACGAGCUCUUCUGCCAAGCCGACCAAACCCCAAGCCAACUCUCCGGGCGCGGGUGGAUCCUCCAAGAGGAAUGCCUUUCGCGACGGCGCAUCCACUUCACCGAGACAGAGCUGAAGUGGAAGUGUCCCACCCUCGCCAACUGCGACUGCGGUCUUCCAACACCGCCCGACAUGGGCGAUCCGACAGCGAACUUCUCCAUCCUAGUCAAGCCCGAGAAGGCGAAGAAGAUGCCGUGGAAGACGCCGGCGUGGCUAUGGCAGCAACUAGUGGAGCAUUACACAACUAGGAGCCUGAGUUUCGAGAGCGAUAGGAUGAUUGCCCUGGCUGGGUUGGCUAGUAAGGUGCCGGCGCCGCGGCAGGAUUACCUCGGGGGGAUAUGGCGUAAGCAAUUGAAUACCGGCAUUCUCUGGGAAGCGAGGGGUCCGUGUCGUAGGACGGCGGAGUACGUCGCGCCGUCGUGGUCGUGGGCCUCGGUGUCGGGGAAGAUACGGUUCGUGCCGCUUUCGAGGGAGACGCGGUUUAUCUGGGAAGUUAUAGAGGCGAAGUGUCUCUUCAAUGGUUCUGAUGGCGAUUUUGGAAAGGUUGCUUCGGCGCACCUUAAGGUUAGGAGUAAGGUUGUCCAGGUCAAUGUGGAGGAGAGGCAGCAGAAUAUGAGGAAGGAGAUAGCGCAGAAUCUGUGGGAUGAGGGCGAUGCGACUUGGAAAAUUAGGGGUGAUAGGGUGAAUUAUCUUACAGUUAUGCCGGUGCAACUGCCCCCAGGAUACCCUCCCCCUUUACCUACGGUAUUGGAGUUAGACGUUCAAAGUGACUGGGAUGUCUUGACUUCAGGUGCUCAACUUGAAUCUCGGCUCCUAUGUGUCGCUUUGGUAGACACAUUCUGGGAAGGCUAUCCCGCGGAACGUGCGUUAUGUCUUCUCCUUAGACGCUCUCCAACGGAGACUACUUCUUGGGAAAGGGUGUGUUUUGUGUUCCUUAAGGGCACGUGGAAGUCGUGGGAGCCUUACAUCCUUGAUGAGGAGCUUACUAUCCUCUAA